GACCAAGAUAACACUUGUACUUACCCGGCAGUCCGGUACUAUGACAGCGACGAUAAAUUGAAAUGAGUUUGGGCAAGCGCUCGUCCGCGCUAUCCGACCUGAUUAGGCAGGCAACGGAAGGUUCAAGCAGUCCUGAUGCGCCUCCUAACAGCGCACAGGGCAGCACGCCCGCCAGCCGCGCGACCGUUGUGCCCAUCAUCGGAGUGGGCCAGGCGCAAAGCACAUACGCUGCUGGCCAGGAUCUCACCGAAACGUUCUUUCCAGGCUCGUCCUUGCGUUCGUCGUUCAUGCCAAAGAGCCUGACGCACCAUGGCCCCGGAACACACGGCAAUGGCGCGGGCCUGCUCGGCAGCUAUCGGCCGGGUGCGCACUGGACUCCUGGCGACGCGAGCCAGGUUUCUGGUGUCUCCCCGCCGUUCGGGACGCUGGGCUCCGCCGCGCCCGGCUCCAGCGUCGCCACCGGCGGCGGCGGCGCCAGCGUGGGCUCCGCGGCGCUGCAGCCCGCCGCGCACCACUACACAGCCACCGACGUGGACGCCGCCGCCGGCGCCGGCGCCAGCGGCGCCACCAGUCAGCCCAACACGGUUGGCGUGUCGCCGACUGCCGGCGCCGGCACGGACGCGCAGCACGCCUGGCCGGCCUGGGCCACGCGCGUCGCCGCCGCGGUUGCCGCGGCCGCCGGCGGCGGGCAAGGCCACGGGCAGGGCGACCACACUGAGACGCAUGCCCAUGCCCAUGCCCAUACACCUGCAUCCGGUCACAGCUCCGCACCCGCGCACGGUCACGGCUCGGGAGCAACCACAGCGGCGGCGGAGGUCCCCGUCGCUGCCGCGGCGGCGGCUGGCGCCGCCGCCGCCGCCGCCGCCGCCAAGGCGGCUCAGCCGACGACAGGACCGUACGGCAGCGGCAGCUACAUCGCACGUGGCUUCCUGUCCUCACAGCUGGUCUACCAGCACGGCAGCGCCGCGCAGCAGGCGCAGCACGCGCAGCCGGCAGCGGCGGCGGCCAUGCCGCCUCAGCUAACGCACCGCCGCUCCUUCCAGCAAGCACGUGACAACGCCGGCGGCGCGGCCGUUGUAGGAAGCCUGAUGCCGGGCUCAUCGGCGUCGGCGGGGGCCUCGGGCAUGUUGUCGUCAUCGGUGCUGAGCGGCGCGUCCCCGGGCGGGGGCAACAUGACCGCCGCGGCGCGUGGCGGCGGUGGAGGCGGAGGCGGAGGUGGAGAACGGCAGCACCGCGGGCGCGCGGCGGGAGCGAGCAGCAGCGGCUGGGAGGGCGAGUUGGCGAAACCAUUGCUUGAGGGACCGGAGUCCCACGCCGACCUGGAGGCGGCACCGGGGGGCGGCGGCGCCGGCCGCGCCCACAUCAGCAACAGCUACGGCUCCACGCCGCGGGCCGGCGGCGCCGCUGGUACCGCGGGCGCCGCGGGCGCCGCCGCCUUCGGCACGCCGCUUUCGGGCGCUGUGGGUGCGGUGGAGGAGGUGGGUGCGCCCAAGGACCACCGCGCGGGCCCGCUGAACGCGGUGGUGUUUGGCGUCAUCAACGCGGUGGUGUCCAUGCCCACACUCAUCGCCUACGCCGCCAUCGUCUUCAAGUCGCCCAUCUACGCGCCCUACCUGGACAGCCUGGUCCGCUUCUUCUUCUUCAGCAGCGCCCUGCACCAGUUCGUGUUCGUGGCGCUCAGCAGCCUGCCCUUCGCCAUCGGGCAGGUCCAGGACGUGGGCCUCAUCUUCCUGUCCGCCAUGGCCACCGACAUAGCGCUGCAGGUGACGGGCCCCGACGCGGCGGCGGUGGCUCUGGGCUCGGCGCUGUGUGUCAUGACCCUCAGCACCUUUAUCGUGGGACUGCUCACAGUCAUAGUGGCCAAGCUGAAGCUGGCCGACAUGGUGUCGUACGUGCCGCUGCCGGUGGUGGGCGGCUACCUGGGCUUCGUGGGCUACUUCUGCAUUGCCGGCGGCACGGCGCUGGCGGCGGGCGUGCAGGUGGACACGCUGGUGUCGUGGGUUCACCUGUUGGCGCCCGACCCACUCAUCAAGCUCCUCCCCGCGGCCGCCACCAUCACGGUGCUGAUGCUGUGUGUGGAGCACGUGUCUCACCCGCUGGCGCUGCCGGCGCUGCUCACCGCCAUCCCGCUGGCCUUCCACGGCGUGCUGUGGUCCGUGGGCUGGGACCUGGCUCGGGCGCAGGAGGCGGGAUGGGUCAUGCCGCCCACCAAAGGCGAGGCGGAGUUCUGGAAGCUGUGGGAGCUGUUCAACGUGCAGCACGGCCUGUCGGGCGUGGACGUGCCGGCAAUGCUGGCGCAGGCGCCCAAGCUGGCGGGUCUGUUCCUGGUGGUGUGCUUCGGUAGCUGCAUGGACGUGGCCGCCAUCCAGUCCGACAUGCCCACGCCACUGGACUUCAAUCGCGAGCUCAUGACCGUGGGCGUGUCCAACAUGGUCACGGGUGUGUUGGGUGCGGGCUACACCGGCUCCUACAUCUUCAGCCAGACCGUGUUCACCAUGCGGCAGGGUGUGUUCAACCGCAUCAACGGCCUGGUGGUGGCGGUGGUGGAGCUGGUGGUGUUCGCGCUGCCCUUCAGCACCAUACAGUACCUGCCCAGCUUCUACUUCGGCGCGCUGCUGGUCUGGUUCGGCAUCGAGAUCUCACGGGACUGGCUCAUCCUGUCGUACAGGAAGCUGAGUCGUGCCGAGUACCUGCUGUUGUGGGCCACCUUCAUCGCCAUCAUGAACGCCGGGCUGGAGCUGGGCAUUGCGGCGGGAGUGGUCAUGGCCACACUCUACUUCGCAUUCCAGUACGCCCAGAGCCAGGUGGCGGGUCUGCGGCAGGUGGCGGCGCGCAGCGGCCGCACGCACGUGUACGACACCAGUUCGGCCCUGGAGCUGCUGGGGCGGCGGCUGGCGGUGCUGCGGCUCAGCGGCUACAUCUUCUUCGGCUCCUCCACGGGCCUGGGCAACCAGGUGCUGCAGCUGGCGGCGCGCAUGCUGCAGGAGCGGGCGGAGGAGCAGCGGCAGCACGAGGCCUGGGCGCUGUCGGCGGAGCAGGCGGGCUCGGGCUCGGGCGGCAGCGGCCCCGGCAGCCACAAGGCCGACGCCGACUCGCACGCCGACUCGCUCACGGCUCCCAUUGACAUAGACACACACGCCCACAUGACCGUGUCUGCCUCCGCUCCCGCACUGGUCCUGCCGGUGACGCCGCAGCCGCCGAAUGCGCACGCGCUGGAGCCGGCGGGAUCCGGCCCCGGACCUGGGCACGGGCAUGCGCACGCACGUGCGGCGGAAGGCACGCACGGGGCAGGAGCAGGAGGAGGAGGAGGAGGUGGGGGGCAUGCGGCGGCGGCGCUGUUUGGAGACGCGGGUGGCGACGCGGGCGGUGGCGGCGGCGCCAUGUCGGCUGCGGAGCGGCACUGGCGCGCGGCGCAGGCGGUGGCGCAGGCGCCUGUGGUGCUCAUCCUGGACUUCGGGUCGGUGACGGGCCUGGACUCCACCGCGGCGCGCACCUUUGCCACGCUGGUCACCACCCUAGCCAGCCAGCGCGUCAACGUCAUCUUCGCCAACCUCAGCCGCCCCGCCGCCCACGACGCCAUGCGGCAGCUGCUAGGAGCCAACGGCCUGCCGCUGAGGCCCUUCGUGGCGCCGCCGGCCGGGUCGGCGGCAGCUGCUGCCGCAACGGCGGCGGCGAAUGGGGCAAACGGGGCGAAUGGAGGUGCCGUGGCGGCGGAGGGCCACGCCGGGGCAGCGGCGUCGGGCGAGGCGAGCAAGGCGCCGCCGGCAGAGGCCGAGUCGCCGCUACUACGCCCCAGCGCGGGUGGCUGCUGGGAGUUCGGGUCCGUGGCGGGCGCGGUGCGGUGCUGCGAGGACGCCUACUUGGGGCUGGCCACGGCGGCGGGGCUGCUGACCAGCUCGGCACCCGCCGCCGCCACCUCGCUGCAGCAGCUGCUGGCACGCCACCUGAGGGAGGUGUUUCCCUCCACCCCCGCCGACCUGGGCGGACUGGUGGCGGCGCUGGAGGGGGUGGUCACUCGGCGGCAGCUGCAGCCGGGGGACCUGCUGUACGGCGCGGGGGCGGCGGUGCGCGAGGUGGCCAUCAUCGAGUUCGGGGCGCUGCAGGAGGAGGAGCACUACGAGGGAGGCGUGCGCGUGGGGUCCCGCGAGCACGGCCCGGGUGUGGUGGUGGGCGCGCUAGAGUUCUUCCUGUCGCGGCCCGCACCCGCGCCCGUGCGCUGCUCCGCCGGCCCCUGCCAGCUGAUCUGCAUCCCGCGCGCCGCCUUUGGCUCGCUCAUGGCGCACCACCCGCGCGCGCUGGCGGCACUCGAGGUGCUGCUGAUGCGAAGCACGUGCAUGGACCUGGCGAGUGCGCAGGAGGCAGCCAACCACGGCACCGCCGACUGAACCCAGGAGGGCAGUGGGGGAUGUGUUGCGGCGGGUUCAGGCAGAGCGGUCCGGUGGCUAAGAAACGGCUUUGGUUGGGAGGUGGGCAUUGGCAUCACAGGUUGUCGGGCACGUGUACAGCGUCGGUGCACAGGCCAGAUGCGGUAGAUGCGACAGAGCAACAGAGCGAUAGAGAGAGAGAAAGUUCAGAAACAGGCGCUUGUGUUAAAUACGUGGCGGGUUAGUUAGAUCUUUAUUGGUAGUUCCGUAUGGUGCGGGGCGCCAGCCUUGCGGUGCGCCCACGCGAAUAAUGCCGUCGCCUCUGGUCGCGGCCGGGAUGCCAGCGCAUGGUCCCGGCGGCGGGGCUAACGGUGUGGAGGGUUCAGUGCUCCGGGGUCGCCGGUGGUGCUGCCGUUGAUUGCCGUUGCGCGGUGAAAUUGUUUUUGCGGCAAAGGGAUUCGGCAAGGCACGCCCCGCUGCGGAUUGUGGGAGAUUGC